AACACCUGACCUCAGCUCCGUGGACUGCCUCUAGCACCAACCUGUCCGUCUUUUUACUGUCCUCGUUUUAUUUUUCUUUUCUUUUUCUUUUUGUCGAGACUUUAAGGGAAUUGCCAAAACCUAUUUCAUGCAUGUCCACUGGCGGCAGGUUCAAUUUUGACGAUGGGGGGUCAUACUGCGGAGGGUGGGAAGAGGGCAAGGCGCAUGGCCACGGGAUUUGUACGGGACCCAAAGGCCAGGGUGAGUACUGCGGAUCCUGGGCCCAUGGAUUUGAGCUGCUGGGCAUCUACACCUGGCCCAGUGGGAACACUUACCAAGGAACCUGGGCUCAGGGCAAGAGACAUGGGGUUGGUGUGGAGAAUAAGGGCCGCUGGGUGUACAAGGGGGAGUGGACUCAUGGUUUUAAGGGACGCUAUGGCCUCCGCGAGAGCACCGGGACAAGCGGCAAGUAUGAGGGCACAUGGAGCAACGGACUGCAGGAUGGAUAUGGGACAGAGACUUACUCAGAUGGAGGUACUUUCCAGGGUCAGUGGGUCGGAGGAAUGCGUCAUGGUUACGGGGUCCGACAGAGCGUCCCAUACGGGAUGGCAGCUGUCAUUCGCUCCCCUCUACGCACCUCCAUAAAUUCCCUGAGAUCCGGCUCAGAGCACAGCAAUGGGACGGCUUUACUGGACCGGAGCGGGGCCGUGGUCUCAGUGCCGUCCUCUGGUCCUGGGACCCUGACCACCAGUGUGUCCAUGUGCAGCACCGGGAGCAGUGGCAGCAGCCCUGCAGUGUCCCGAGGGGGCUUUGUCCUGACGGCUCACAGCGAGGCUGAGCUGCUCAAGGGCAAGAGGAAGAGCGGCCUAUUCAGGAGGUCCAUCCUGUCCGGACUCAAACUCAGGAAGUCUGAGUCCCGGAGCUCACUGGCCUCACAGAGAUCCAAACAGAGCUCCUUUAGGAGUGAGGCCGGGAUGAGCACCGUGUCAUCUGCUGCUUCAGACAUCAACUCCACUAUAAGUCUAGGAGAUGGAGACGCAGAGUUGGCAGUUGCUGACGAUGAUGUGGACGCCACGGCGACAGAGACCUACAGCGGUGAGUGGAAGAACGACAAGAGGACAGGGUUUGGGGUGAGCCGACGCUCCGAUGGGCUGCAGUAUGAGGGGGAGUGGCUCAGUAACAAGAGGCACGGCUAUGGGUGUACCACGUUCCCCGAUGGCACCAAAGAGGAGGGCAAGUACAAGCAGAACAUCUUGGUGAGCGGCAAGAGAAAGAACCUGAUCCCCCUACGGGCCAGUAAGAUCAGAGAGAAGGUGGACCGGGCUGUGGAGGGGGCGCAGAAGGCUGCUGACAUCGCACGGCAAAAAGCAGAGAUCGCCUUGUCCAGGACAGCACAUGCCCAGGGUAAAGCAGAGGCAGCAGUAGCAGCAGCUCAGAAAGCCCAAGAGGAGAGUCGAAUGGCCCGGGUCAUUGCCAAACAAUUUUCUCCUUCAUUCCAGCAUCCAGGAAAUGGUAUGGAAGUGCAGCGUCCCAAGCGGCAGGUGUCUAGUGAGAUGGAGGGUGAGGGCCUGUCGAGCAGCGCGGGCACCGCUGACAGCCCAGACAUCUAUGUGAAGAGUGGCGCUUCAGACGACCCCUCGAACGAUGCCGUGACCCCUGACCUCAGCCCACCUUCCUCCUCUCCGCCCCACACGCCCCCUCCCCCAGCACGCCCGUCCCAGCGUAGCAAAAGUGCCCGCUUCCACAGACAGACCGCUGUGGACCACGGGGACAGGGGUAAAGAGGGGUCCAAUGAGAAAGCAGGUAAUGGGCAAACAGAGAUUCAGGUUUUGAUAGAAGGAGGAGGGGAGAAUGGGAAAACAAAUGAGUAUAACAGGGCCAACAGUUGGAGCGAGGACAAGCGCAAAGCUGCACUGUCCAAGGAAAAAGGCCUUAGUGGGCGCGUAGUAAACAGGACCAAUGGACACAACAAACACUCUUCCUCUAAUCCCAAAUCUCGAGACCACGGUUUGUCUAAUCACAGACAAGCACGGCAGGAGCGGUGGGUAGAGUCAUCCUCUUCAGCUUCCUGGACGUCUGGUGGACACAGGGGCAGGGGUGGGCGGCUACUAGAACAAGACGAGGAGAAAAUCAGCAAUUAUGAGAUGGAGAUGAAGCCUUUACAACCCAGAGACUCCACUACCCACAAGCCCCAUGGGCACGGGGAGGACAGGCACACCCACAAUGAAGGCCGCUCACAUACUGUCCCACGACACCGGCAUAAGAACCGAGACACCAGGGAGGGCAGGGAGGGGCGAGAGGCACGGGACCCUGGGAAAGAGUCCAAGCAGGACAAUGCACGUACGGGGGACAAGAUGGACUCAAGGCCUCUACGAAGGGACCUAACACUCUCGCCUCCCCUCAAGUCCUCCCCCAUCACACCAGAGCAAGACCUCAGCAUUACACAGAGCAAAGGCAACUCGGCCUACAGCUCUAUCCUGGUUGUCAUGGUGAUUCUGCUCAACAUCGGAGUGGCCAUUUUGUUUAUCCACUUUUUUAUUUAAACACACUGCUUUUGGAGUUGGCCUAUCUAUGCUUUGACAACUAUCAGUUCAUUUGAGUAUUGCAAAGACUCUGAGGCCUGGAUUGACCGGCACCAGGGCUAACCCAGGCCAAAUCGGGCCCGUGUCCAGAAAGAAGCGACCUCAGCGCAGAGGCCAAAGAAGAGUAGUCCAAAUGAGUGGACUACAUAGGAGACUAGUCUAUAAACCUGUCCAGUCUGAACCUGAGACUCCUCAAGAUGCAGCUGGCAUUGCAGCAAGAUGUCCGCUUCCACUGUCUGCAAACAAGACUGAGACGACAGACUUUUUUCAUCUUCAAAUCAUAGUUUUCAACAGAUUUGUAACUUAUAAUUUAUUUGAACACAAAGUAUCUCAUGUAAAAUAUGUUGAUGGAUAUAUUUAUUUUGUAAGUCCACUUUCCCUAUUAUAACAGUUCCUGCCUUUUGGAUCUGCUGCCCUGGGGUUGUUACUGAUGUUAUGAAUGUGUAAGUGUGUAUGUGAAUGAUUUGCUAUGUUGUUUCAAACAGCCAACCGUGCCUAAGCACCUACACAUAUAUGAACUCACACUAUUCGGUUUAUUUGUCAGCAGUCAUGUCACCCAUAGCAACAAGCAUCGCGUAUUCUACCAAACUGAGUAAUAAAAAUUGUUGUAUAACAAAAUAACAAAUUGUUCAGUGUGAAAAAUGUUAUACAGUUCAUUACAGUUGUUGUAAUAAUUUCAAUCUCGAUUUUGAUUCUAAGAAAAAGGCUCUAUUACUAAUACGCAGAGGUGGGAUCAAAUCAUUGCUUUGCAAAUCUCAUGUAAGUCUCAAGUCUCAGGCAAGUCUAAGCCAAGUUCAAGUUCUCUGGCUUGAGCUUCAAGUUAUUUCAAGUCUUCAAAACUAAAGACCUGCAUUCAGCUCGUAUUUUUGGAAUUUACUUGCUUUUUAACCUAAAUUGUACUACAUAAAAUGUCAUGGUGACAAAUAGGGAUGUAACGAUAUCCAAAUCUCUUGGUAUAAUAUUGAUUGGAAUAUAUUCUAAGAGAAUUGUAGAUAUGGUACUUUUUCCUUUUGUGCUUUGACAAGACGUUAGUGUAUCAUAAUCCCAAUCAAAUAAAAUAAUUUUAGGUGAUCAUGGUCUAUGUAGUUCUCUUUUUUUAGCUGCUACUACAAAAAAGUGAUGGCUUUUAACAAGAUAGCUUCUAAUCCAAUUUAUUGUGACAGCCCCCAAUUUUAUUGAUCAUUUGACCAUACAAUAUCACAUUAUUUCAGCUGUUGUUACAUCCCCAGUAACAAAUAGAGAAGUGGGGAGGGAUAUGUUCCAGUUUGGUCCUUUAAAUUUAAGCUCUUAAAACAUAAACUUCAUGAAAAGUGUUUUCUAAAACAUUUUUUUUUUUUUUUUGAGAAGCAUCAAUUCGUCUCAAGUUCAAGUCAAGUCCUGAGUCACUGUCCUUCAUGUCCAGUUCAAGUUAAGUCUCAAGUGCUCGAAAUAGUCACGACUUGCAAAUCCCCACCUCUGCUGAUACGAAUACUGAUUUCAAAUCCAAAAACACAAUUUCUUUAGACAAUAGACUAAUUUUCUGUAACAAAAUAAUAAUUAGUGCUGCCUCAUCAAGCUGUGUAUGCUUUACAGUUAUGUGUAAGUUAUGUCUUCUGGCCUUUCACGCUGUUUAUGAACUCCACUAGAGCUUCUCAUGAGGAAACAAUCGCUUUCAUCAUCGUGCCUGUUCUCAUCAGGACCACACUCUCCCUCCUACAGUCAGGGACCAAGCUACACUGAGGCAAAUCAUCCUCCACAGUAAACAAAACUAAACAGCUAUAACAGAGGCCUCAGUGGUGGGUAGUUUUGAAAGGAAAGGGCCUGUUUUGACUGCCCUCUCACUACGUCCUCUAAAACUUAAUUUGAAAUCAACAAUAGCAUCUUACUUGCAAGAUGAAUAAAACAUUUGUCAUCUGCCUUGCUUUGGUAGCACAAAUUGAUACAAGUAAAAUAAUGCAUGCAUAUGAAAUGUUAUGUAUAUCUUAGUUCUGUGUGAAUACUGAGUAUAGAAAACUAAAGAUUUACGUUUUAGCAGAUGUAGUGACUGGGGAACAGCAACAGUUCUUGUGAUUUUUGCUCACUUAUGUUGACAGAGAGACUAGUCAGGACCCACAAUUUACUGCAUAUUUCCAUGUUUUUUCCGCAGUGGCUGUCUUCUCAUGCGAGAGCAGAGCUGCCUUCAUGUUUGUUUUCAUAUGGGUACAUAAAUGCUUAACAGUGUGUGAUCAUGUGUGUGCAUCCCGUUCCACGUGAUGGGACGGUUGAGCUUGUUGCCAUUGGUAACAACUACCCAGGGCAGUGAGUGGCUGUUGUUCUGCCUGACAGCGCUGAUCAAAUUAAGAAUACAAACUCGGACUAGGCUGAAGGCGUAUUUGUGGUGUGUCCCACAUUACAACAUACAGUCAGAUGUGCCUGUACCACAGGAGUCCAGUUCAGUGGUUAACUGGUGCCACCGAUAGUCUGCAGCAUGCUUCAGCAUGCCAAGCUCUUCUCUUUCUAGUUUGGAG